CACCAAUCCAAUCAACUGCUUGCAAUCCCUCGCCCUUCAAUCCGUUGCGCGCAAAUUAAUGAACGACAACACACCAGCAGUUGCCCAAACACACGCACAUGCACGAGUGAGCCAGUGCACAAGAGUGUCCCAGUGUCCCGUGCUGCACUCCUUCCCUUCCCCCCUGCACCCCUUCCCUGUUGGCUUUGUCUCCAUCCUUCCAUCGCCCCAUCCUUACCACACACACCACAGACACACACCAAACACACCACACACACCAAACACGCACGACCAAAGCAUGGCACGCCGGGUGGUGGCUGUUGUUGCGACGGCGCUCGUUGGACCCGUUGCGGCUGGCUCCAUGAUGCACUCACACAUCGACGCGCACGACCGCGUGUGCGCCAGCGACAACUCCAGCUUCACCGCCAGCGGCGUCGACGACGUAACACGCCUGCUCAACACAAGGGGUGUGGCUAUCGUGGACAGCUGCGUGGACCAGACGGUUCUCGCAAACAGCUGUCGUGUGUUGUGCCGCCACGCGCCCCAAGCGGCAUCGCAGCCUUCCCCGCACCGCACAGCAGCCACGCCAAAGCAUGUGCAGUCCACACGUGGCAGGUUCCAUCGCACUGCCUUUGAGGACGACGACAGCAAGCUUGCCGUCGCCGACAUCCGGAGCGCGGUGGAGCCGUUUGCCCGCGCCUUCUUCGACGCCAGCGACACACAGUGGGACGACGUGUACCUGUCACAGUGCCAGUUCCUGACUUCCCUGCCGCAGUCCGAGGCACAGUUCUACCACCAAGACAACGCGGCGCGUGGACUCACCAUGAUCAUCCCGCUCACAUCCAUCACACUUCCCAUGGGCCCGACGCAGCUUCUGCCCGGAACCCACGCACUCACGCCCACGCACGACAACAACACGCCUCCAGUUUCACGAGAGAACGCGGCCGCUUCGAUAGCGACACCGCCACGGCGGUCGACGCCCCAGUUGCUGCGUGCGCUGGCACAGCAACCCACGUGCAAGGCCGUGGCACAUGCAGGGCAGGCCCUCAUGUACGACUCGCGCACCCUGCACCGCGGCAUGGCCAACAUGUCGGACACACCACGGCCCGUGCUCGUGCUGCGAUACGACCACAGGGCGACACCGCCACCAGGCCAAGGACUCGCGUACACGUUUAUGGUGCGCAUGCUUGGUGCCGCGUUGCACACGUGUUCCUAUUACAUGGCACCCAAGCAAGGUCGUGACAAUGAUGUUGGCGCACCUGCCGACCACGCGUCCUCAACUUCGCCCACCAUACCAUAACCACGAUGUGAGUGAGAGAGUGUGUGUGUGUGCGUGUGUGUGCGUGU